AUGGAUGUUAGGGAUGACAUUGAGGAGCAGUUGAGGCACAAUCCCCAGCAUAUGGUUUUUGGAAACAUUUCCGAUUCCUCUUCACUAGAUCCAGACCUCAAAAGCGUUUUUGACCAAAUUUUGUCGAAAGCAUUCGAAGGUGUUUCUGCGCACAAUACUGUAGAUCUAUUACUAAAACAGAUAGAGGAAGUAGAGAAUUCUCAAAGGCAGCUGGAAGACGCUGUCUACCACAAGGUUGAGGAAUCCUUGACUGAAAAUAUCAAAGGCUUACAAGACGAAUUGGACAGCUUAUUAAUUAACCAAGACAAUCAUCCCACAGACAAGAAUAGAACGGCAUUAGAAGCAACACUUAACAAUUCUCGGGCUCUUAUUGAGCAAUCUUUGACCAAUAGAGAGCCAAGUUACAAGCAAGAUGCAAACGAUCAUGCUUUAGUGCAUGAUACCCUGCAGCCUUCAUCACCGAAGAGCCUGCCUCGAGAAAUAAUAAAUUACCGUUUGCCAAGGGGACCCAGGUCAAACAAAAGUUUGACGGUACGGGAGCUCUAUAAGGUGUGGUAUGUUGGAAACUGCGAUGAAGGAAAACCUUCAGUCUGCGAGAUACUUAAGAGGUAUCCGACAUGGAAAUCAACCGAAACUACUUAUUAUAAUCGACUGAAGCGUGUGGCAAAUUUAAUGGAUGAAGUUGCACAUGACCUGCGUGGUGGUCCGAUUGCAGCGCGCAGGCUUGAGGCAGUUACAAUAAUAGAAGCUUUCAUGGAAAAAAAUAAGAUCGGAGGAGUGAGUGCAUUGUCUGAUCUUUGUUCGAACCAGAAAGGCGCACCUGGUUUCGAGACGGUAAAGUCAAGGGUGCUAGAAAAUUUCGCAGAUUCACAAUAG